GGGUCCCCGAGGGUAGACAGGCAGGUGAGAGAGACAGACCGAGAAGGUCAAAAGCUGACUCAGAACCAGAAACGAGAGGAACUGGAAGGAAGGGAAGGCGAGCCAGGGAUGCCCCCCACCCCAGGGAAGGGGCAGCCGCUGCCGGGGCCACUCCACCUCCACUCGGGAGGGAAGGCUGCCGGGCCUGGAGGCGCAGGGUUGGGAGGACUCUCCAGCCAGGGGGUAGGGAUCAAGUGGCCCGGACUGAAGUCCCUGCCCCUCCUCGGGCUCUGGCCCUGGUGCAGUCUCCUCCCGUGGCAGCAGUGGUCGCUGGCAGACACCCACACCCCCCCAGGCAGUGCUGCCCCCAGCCAUGCCGUCACCCCGGCUGUACCUUUCCUGUUGUCUUGACCCCCUUCCAGACACAGAAGUAGACCGUCACCCAGCAGGCCAGCGGACACAGGGUCAUCUCUCAGCUGAGGGCCCCCGGAAACGCCAGGCCCCCGGAGAGCCGCAAGACUUUGUUCCUGGGGGAGGGAAAGCCCAUGAGGUCUGUGCCACCAAACGGCCAGGAGACUGGGGGUGUCCCUGGGGUGGGGCCCUCCGCCCGCCGCCCCCGCUGCCGCAGCCCUUGCGUCCAGCCGGUCUCCCCCAUGCACCUGGCCGGCCCGGGCCAAGCCUGCAGCCUGGAGUCGCUGCAGUCUGUGUUCCUGGAGCCUUGGAGCCCCUGUCGGCCCGGCCCCACGCCGUCCCCAGCAGGCCCAGCAGCAGCCCCCCGCUUCCCUCCCCAGGCGGGCAGGCACCACCCACUACGCAUCCCUGGCAUCAUCCCCCCAGGGCCGGGCCCCGACACACGCACUCGUGCCCACGCACACACAUGCAGGCUCGAGCUACGUGUGGGAGACCAGAGGGCUGGCGGGGCCUGGCCCAGAGGUGCCCGACUCCCUUCCAGAACUCGAUGACAGGGACCUGCGUUCAGCAGGCUGGUCACACGUGAGGGUGGCUCAGCUGGCCCCAGCACAGACUUUGAGGUGCACGGGGCUCGCCUGGGGUUUGCCGGUUUGCUGGGAAGCAGUCACGUGCCCAGAGGCCUCGCAAGCGUGACAUCCGGGGAAGGGCGGCGGGGCCUGUUUGCGCAGGCGCCCUGGGAGCCCCAGUGACGUCAGCCGCCGAGGGGCGGAGCUUCCUGUGGGGGCCUCGUUCCCUCAGAAGCUCGUGCUGGGCGUGGAGGGCAGAAGCGAAGCCUGUGGCAGCAUGGAGGCCGCAGCCCGAGGCGAUGGCGGCGGCGUGGCGAGAGGUGGUGAAGGCCAGGGCGAGCCAGAUGGAGCCAGAGGUGUCGCACAAGAGGUUGGAGGUCCACAGGCCUUGCAGCUGCCGCCUGCUCCUGGGCCGAGAGGAGAUGGUUUCCCCGGGGCGGGCAGACGCCGAAUAUGGCGUCUCCGUGGCCACGCCGUCCCACGGCCUGGUGGCCAACCCGCACCGCACCCAGGUGGACGCGCCGCGCCGGGACCAGGUGGAGACGCCGCCUACGGACCAGGUGGACACGCCGCGCCGGGACCAGGUGGAGACGCCGCGCAGGGACCAGGUGGACACGCCGCGCCGGGACCAGGUGGAGACGCCGCCUACGGACCAGGUGGACACGGCGCGCCGGGACCAGGUGGAGACGCCGCGCAGGGACCAGGUGGACGCGCCGCGCCGGGACCAGGUGGAGACGCCGCCUACGGACCAGCCCAGUGAGUGCUGAGGACCCGGGCUGACUCCAGAUUUCCAUCACCUCCGGUCUCAACCAGCCUUCUCUGUUGCUGCGGACCAUGCAGCACUUUGUGCUCCAUGUUUUCACUAAGCCCGGGCCAGGAAAGGGGGCGUAGGACUAACCUAGCGCCUCUUCCUAGGCAGGGCGUCCCUCCCCGGUGCGUUGAUUCCUACACUAGUUGCCACUUUAUUCUGGGGCCCUAAUUGUUUGCUUGCAUUGGUCUUGCGCCCGCUUGGCCCAGUUGUUUCCCUGUUG